ACAAGAAGAAGAGAUGUAAACAUUUUGGAGGCAAAAUGAAAUGUUACUCGGCUGAAGUUAAAGUUUUGACACGAUCCUGAGAGCGUUAAAUGAACACGUAGCUUAUACAACCGUAUUAAAGAGCUGAAACACUCGCCGUUUUUAGAAAAAUGGAGACCAAAGCUCCUGUUUUACUGAACGCGGUUCCUCCUUACGGACAUGUUAUUGCCAGCGAGAAAUGGAGAAACACGUCCCUCAUUCAAAGCUUGAAGGGUGGAGGUGUGAAGAUCCUCUUUGAGACUGAGCUCGGCGUUGCAGAUUUUCACCUCCCCAACAAAAGCUGCAUCCUGUACGUGUCCGAGUGCGACAUUAUAGCAGCAAACAGCUACAAGAGGAAACUGGUUCGCUACAGAAACGCCAGCAGCAGUUUCCAGCAGCUGGUGUUGGUGGAGAACACCCGACUGAGUGAGCAGUACUUCUCCGCUGUGCAGAAGUUUGUGGUGUUUGACCUCGGCCUGACUCUGCUGCCGGUCAGCGGGCAGACCGAGGCCUCACAGCUCAUCACUCAGAUGGUCCACGGGAACCGCAGGGAGAACCCCUUCAGGAGGACGAGCUCCUCUCGGCUGUUGGACCCGGCCGUCCUGGCUCUGGUGCAGCAGGUCCCAGGGGUGGGGAGGGUCAAAGCUCUGGCCCUGCUGCAGCGCUUCUCCAGCAUCCAGCAGCUCUGCAACGCCGCCCCCGUCGAGCUGGAGCCCGUCGUGGGUCAGGCAGCCGCUCAGCAGAUCCACAGCUUCUUCCACAAACCCACUGCUGCUGGAACAUGACGGUGCUCUGCAGGUUAGUUAUGAAGAUAUUAAAAUAAAAAACAAACACGUGAACGUCGAGGAAACGUAUAAGAAAAAUCAGAGCAUCUGCUUUUUUAGGAUUCAUCCUCUUGGGAACAUGAACACCUGUCCCAUCACGCCCCGUCCUGCUGCUAAAUUGAGUUUGGUCAUUGACGUUUUCAGCUGAUUUGCACUCUGCACUUUUGUCUUCACAAUAAAGAAAUAUCACUUUUUUGAACCCAAGUUUUUAUUCUGUAUUCC